CAUACUAGUAACUUAAAUGUCGAGGACGACAUCUUUUCAGGGGGGAAGUGUGUUACCCUUGGAAUUAAGCACUUGCCCACCCCCCCAUAGAAAAAUAUUGUAUUACCCAUAAUGCAGGGUGGGUAGAAGAAGAAGAAAACGUGUUGACCGCCAUGUUUGUUUCUGUGUGGUUUAUUUUCGGUUUAUUUUUAAUGUUACUCGAGUUUUCACAAAUUAUAAGGUAACAGAAGCAUAAUUAGACCACAAGAGCCUGACCUCACUCGUGACUAGUGGCAACAAACAUUACUUAUCUUGUUCAAGAAAGCUAUUUUCCAGGAAGGUAUUUCCAACACUUGAUCUGUUGACUGUGUGGAUCCGAUUCCACUUCCUUGUGGGCGAGUUUCUGAUAGACAAAAUGAGACGAUUCAUCUGACGUGUCAUCCACGCAUGAAAUGGGGGUAAGGGCGCGGUCUAGGGUCAUUCAGAUCCACCCCACUGAGUCGAUCACCCAAAUGAAGACACACACCCCACGAGAUGUAGUGCGCAGGGCCACGUUCAAGGCCCCUGUCUUGGUCCGUGACAUCAUGCGACCCUUGGAUCUCAUGACAGCCUUUGUCGGGAAUGUACGAAACACAGAGUUUUACUUCCUUAGUCGCCUGGGUCUCGUCUUAUGGGUGGUUAGUGUGGCAUUGAAGUUCUCGUUUGAUGGAUUCGAAGCGUCUGUACGAUACCAGUACGCGUGGGUCGCGAUAAAAGCAUUUGAACUGAGCACCGUGGUCUUAGGGACCUAUUAUUUGGUUGCCAAGGCGAUGCCUUGGAUGCGUAACGGGAUGCGCAUGCUAGAGGACGAUGGGACAUACCGCGUGGCCCUGGGGAGAGUCGGCGUUACUUCAAAGAAACUUCAAAUCAUCGUGGUGGUCUUUAUAUCCAUCGCCGCGUCACUCGAAUACGUCAUCCUGCGAUUGGACAAAGCUGAUCACGUGACCUUCAAACAGACCACGUCUACUGCCUUGUGGUAUUUUAUGCACGUCUGUCGGUUUGUUACCGGUCUUCACGUGCUUUACGCGCAUGCUCUCUUGUGGUUUAUUCCUACAUGCAUCAUGCUGAUCACGGGACAUUCUAUGAUCGAGUACCAGCAAAGAAUGCGUGCACAGUUAAGAAAGAAGAACAACAAGUUAACGAUUCGCGAAGCGGUCCAAAGUUUUAACGAUCGAAUAGUAUUUGCAAGGAACUCUUCACAUGCUUGUGUAGUUGUUCUUAUGCUACUUCUCAUGGUCACAUUGGCGUCCGUGUUGGUGAAUGCGUACGUCUACUUGUACAAGAACCGCUACAACCUGUAUAUUUGGCACGCUUUGAUGCCAUUGGCUCUUGCCAUUUACCCGAUGAGCACUGCUGCCUGGGUCACCAAACAGUACCACAACUACUUUGUCGUGGUGGUAAAAGCCUGGGUCGAACGCCCUGAAUCGGACUCGGAAUCCGACUCGGAAUCCGAACCAAGUACGAACGUAAACGAAGUCAAACCGAACAGACGGCCAUCAACUUCGCUACCAUCGGAUCUUCGCAUCCACAUGCCUACAAUGGGCUACGUGUCAGUGGGCGACCAAUCAGAUCACACAGAGGCAGAUAGACUACAGAGAUUGUUCGUAGGAUCUGCGAGGGCUGUCGGAAAAUGGCAGAGGACACGUAAACUGCCGCACUUUAACUUUGAGAAGUACAUUGCAUACUUGCAUAAUGUCGCCCCGAGCACUGGCUUUAAAAUUAGCGCGUUGACGGUCACGUGGGAGCGUGUAUCUGCUACGUUCUUUUUGAUCAUCUCGGUAGUGGCUCUCUUUCUACAAGAAACGAUCUUCGGCGGCAAUUAAGUUGUUAGGUAACUUUUUCAUUCGCGUGGCGAUACGCGGCUACACGUAAGGCUAGGAGUAGGCAAAUCCAGAGAACAAUUCCUGUGGCAAAAGAUUUGCGAAUGCAAUACGAUGGUCAGCGGCCAGGUAUCGGGAUUAAGGCAAACCAAAAGGGAUCGGGAGUAAUAAGGCAAACCAGACAGUCUUCAUUGUCAAGCAAAUCUAGCCCAAUCUUUCAAAGAGGGGGGGGGGGGGGGGGAGAGGGGGUGGGGUGCUCUAAGCCAUCUUGCAUCUGCUUGCACCUUUAGCUUGAAAUACUAGAAUUCACAUAAUAAAACGUCUUCCACUCAAAGGCGCUCGUAUGGCAAUUAUAGAGAUUUCAGUCCAAGCACCUCUUUCUAGCGAACAGUACAACACAAAGGCACCCGCGCAUUAAUAAGCAAGCAACCAGGUUCGCAUAAAAAGGUAACCCGAUUCUUAGUCGGUUACGCCACAAUAUUAAGUCCCAAACAAAGCAUUUUAAUGUACUUGGGUUGGUUAAGAACGUGUGCGGUUGUAUUCAUUAAAGAACGUUGUCAGUGCAAAUGGCAAAUGCCAUAAUAAAAAGGUCGAAUAUGGAAA